AUGAACAUUUUAUUUUUGAGUGUUUUAGUUAUAUGUUCAGGAAUUUCUAUGCAAAUGAAGCAAGACGAAAGUUCCUCAGCUACUGAUACAACAACAGAGACUAAUGUUGAAGAAACUGAUAGCUCUGUGUCAAGUGAAAGCUCUGAUGAAUCAUCAAAUCUUGAAGAGGAAGAAGAAACGACUCAGAUUAGUUCAGCAGGGAGAAUUGGUCAAGGCAUAGAAGAAGUUGGCUCCAAAAUAACUGACUUUUCGAUCAAAGCAAAUGAAAAUCUUGAAAAUUUAAGUGAACAAAUGGAUAUCCAGCAAGAAAUAAAUUCAGAUUCAGCUGAGUCUUUACUAAACGUUGAAAUUGAUAAAUUAAAUAUUCAAAUUUCAAAUAUUGACGAACAAAUUGCUGCAUUAGAAGAAACCUUAGAAUUAUUAAAAAAGAAUUGCAAUAACCUCGAAAACUGCUGGGAUUGCACAUCCAAUGAUGAAUGUGUCUGGUGUAGCAUAGAAAAGACAUGCCACAUAGGCGAUUCAUUAGGUCCUGCAAAUGGAGAAUGUACUGAAUUCAAUUAUGGUUCUUGCUCCUCACAUGGCUGUGAGCAGUAUAACAGCUGCGACAUAUGUUUAUCUGAUACUCAAUGUGGGUGGUGUGCGAAAGGUGAAUAUUGCUUAUCAGGUCAUGGCUUUUAUAGUGAUGUAUGUGAAGAUAAAUAUUUUUACCAUCAAGAAGGACAAAAUGAAUGCCCUGAGCCUCAAAAUAAUGAAAAUGAUAUAGAUAAUAAUGAAGAUGAGAUUUCGCAGAUUGAGAGCAAUAUUGAAUUUCUAGAAGAAUCAAAAGAUGAGCUAUACGAAGAAAUCAGCGGCCUUGAACGACAAAUUACCACCAUUGUUAGAAAAGCUGCAAAAACUGUAGAUAUUUCUGAGCCGAUUGAUGGGAAACGACUAAUAUGCAGAAAAAUGGUGACCUAAAUGCACCUAGCUUAUUAACAUAACUUUCUCAACUUUAUGGUCAAAGCGAACUGAGUGAGGAAUAGUUGAGAUUGCCAUCUAAUAUGGACUUGUAUUUCAGAUUAAGUUUUGCAUUAAUUCCUGUGGUUGGAAAAGAUAUCGCAAGGCAACCCUUAAGGGUCCUUGGUGACUGAGGAACCACCAGCCGGCCAAGCCCAUCUUUUAAGAUUUAGAUUAAGAUAGAAACGACUAUGAUGGGUUCAGUGAUACUGCUGAUGAGCAAGCUGAAGAAGAAAAAGAAGACGAAAGAAAUUACCAAGAAGAAAUUUGGGAUUGGUGGGCUAAUAACACUUCUAAUGAAAUCAGCGAAACUGUAGAAACAGAAUACGAUGGCUUAGUUGAGUCUCUUGAAAGCUAUCAAGUAGAAGACGAAGAAGACACACAGGAAGUAACUGAAGAAUCAACAGACUCCACAACUGAAGAAAGCUCUGAAUCUGAAACCGAAGAAGACACAGCUGUUUCUUUUCUAUCACUUAUGAUUAAAAACAAAUAA